AUGGCCGCAGGUCCGGUGUUCCGUGUGCGCGUGACGCGCGAGCGAACAACUGGAGUUGAUUUCUGGCUCUUGGCACGAGCUUGCGACCGAGUUGACACGAGGGUGGCAGGCACUCCAGAGCUCGCCACCAAACAGACCCUCACCCUGCGCCAACCCGGUCACGAAGCUUCCCCCGCCGUCUCACCACGGCACCGUGAAGCAUGGCCCGUGGCCACACCGGCCCGGCCGGGAUCCGAGGCCCGUAAAGUUCCCGCCUUCGCGCUGCAGCAGGCACGCCGUCGACGCCGCCGCCCCUGUCCAAGCCGCUCCCCUGCCUCCCCGCACAGAAAGCCGCCAAGUGGAAGCACCACCACCACGCGCACCGCCGGCCACCUCCACCAGGUCACCGGACCGCCAUCGGCCGAACCGCACCACCGCCGCGCACACCCGCGACGCAGAGGAAACCAGCGCAGCCGCCCGGCAGCCCGAAGCCGGACCCCAGCCGCCGCCCACGCCGCCCGCCGCCCGCGCCGUUUGCCGGGCGGAUCCGGCCACCGCGGCGAGACGCGCCCCACCACGCAGCCGGCCAAGCAACGCCACGCGCCCCGCGCCCGCACCGCGUCCGCACACGGAGGAGGAGCCCGCGUCGCCCCAUCUCACGGGGAGGAGGAGGAAGGAGACACCCCGCCGGCGCCGGCGCCGGUCGGGCUUUGCCCGGCCGCGCCCCCUGGCGGCGGCGAGGGAGGAGGGAGGAGGAGGGGGGCUGACGGCGGGGGGAUCUGGGCGUCCGCCCCGGCCGCCUCGCGGGUGGGCCGCGGGGGGAAGGGUUUCUCCUACCGCUCCAUCUCUUCCGCGCUAUUGCAUCAUUAA